UGUCAUGGUAGUCCCCCUGUUGGCUUUCUUUAUGGUAAAGUGAGUUUAUAUUAAGUUUAUUUUAAUUUAUAUACUGUCACACUUUUCUAGUUUUCAACAGUUCUCUCGAUGGUGUAGUUGGUUAUCACACCCGGCUGUAAUGUUCAAGAUACCGGUUGGUCGCUAGUUCGAAUCUGGCUCGAGAGAUUUUUUUGUUUUAACUUGGUUAUUGACUGACAUUCGUCAAUCAGUUGUCGAAUAAAAUGAUUUGGUUUUUCUUUUUUUUUUUUGUUAUUAUUAAUUAUUCAGCAUGUUUCUAUUCAAUUUUUUUUUUGUUUUUGUACUUUUUUUCCACGACCUCAACUAUUAUUUUUUCCUUGUUUGUUUAUGUUACGUUUUUCUUUGUUUACUUUAUCCUCCUAACAUUCAAGUCCUUAUCCUUCUCCCAUUCUCAUUCAGGAAUUGACUGCCUCCCAUACAAUUUGCAUUUUUCUUUUUCUUUUUUUUUUCUUUUUCUUAUUGUUAUUGUUACUGCCUUGAGUGGCUCUCUCUCUUUCAGCUUGUUCGACAUCAUGGGCAUGUUUGCCAUUCCUCAAUUUUUUUCUUCGCGUUCAUCUGCUUCUUCGCAGCAUCCAGAUUUUUAUUCUUUACAAAUUCAUACUCAUGGGACUUGGCUUCCUACAUUUACCUCCGAUUUGCGAGUAGAAUAUACUAUCAUUCCGCUUGUUAAUAAAAAUCCUCUUCCUCUUUCUUUGCUCCAUCUAUUUCUCUGUCCCUUUGCCAUUCCCCGUCUUUCUUUUCGUCUGCAUACUACAGAGGGUGUAUGUCUCCUUGAGCUUAUCCACGAGCCGGGCUCGUCUUCAAUAUCUGCUUAUUUGAAUAGGCAAGACGAUUGCUGUUCAGAACCUCGUUUCCGUUUUUCUUGCAUCGAGGAGCUCCUUCACUUGUCGGCUUCUUUGGGCGACUCUUCUACAAAUCCUUCUCACCCCAAAGAACAUCCAUCAAUUAUUUCUCUUUCUGACAAUUCUUCGUCCUCGACACCUCCUUAUUCUUCAGGCUCUGAUUUCUCGUCUUCGUCUGACGCAUCCUUUGAUUACACUACUCUCGCAAAUACAACGGACCCUCUUGUCUCUCUUGAUCUUAUAGAUGACUCUUUUUCUUUGAGUAUUUUUGAUGCAAACCAAGUAGCAAAAGCCGUGCUGGUGCUGGAUUUGCAUGUUCCCAUCUUUCGUGAUUUUCUUUCUCUGGAGAAAUACAUCCCGUUAUCCUUCCUACCUUCUAAUUUUGAUAUUAGUCUUUCCUUUUUGUCUCCGAAUUCUUCCCCUCAAUGCAACAUGCAACUAUCAGUGAACCAGGUCGACUCCGGCAAUCCUAAAUCUACACUAACACGAAUAAAAUCGAUUGAAAAAGGAAAACGUGAAAUCCUUUCUGAAGACGGACGGAAAACUAUAUCUUGGCCGUCCUUUUCGAUGUCUGAUUUAACUUACAAACAUGGUCCUCAAUUACGAUUGUACGAAAAACCUCUUUCCGUAUGGCGCCCAGAAAGCUCUCUAUGUACUCUUAUGGCCGAUAUUCAAACAAUUCCCUUAAACCAAGAAGCUUCCUUGUUUGAAAUCUCUUGCAAACUUACUUUUGCUUGCGAGUCACUAAAAUUCUUUAAACAUUUUCCUUCUUCUUCAACUUCUCAAAUGUCAUCAUCGUCCCCUGCUACCAAGUUGAAACCGCGGUUUUUUAUGCUUGUCUCCGAAUCCUUCAUUAGCCAAGAUUUAUCAAAGUUAGGCCCUCUCCGACUCAUUGGUACGGAUCCACCUGAUUCCACAAACGUUGAUUUAAAAGGCUUUCGUAUAUGCGAAUUCGAGGCGGUCUUCCCAUUUACUAGCUGUUCAUAUUCGUUUGUGUUCCAACAGGUCCUUGAAUCCGGUGCAAAGGCGUAUGUGCCAAUGCUUUUGUCUCCACUGCCAUCUUCCUGUAGCCUUAGGAUUGAACGACCUCCUUUCCCUUGUGAAGUCGUUGUUCCUGGUGCCGCGAUUACUGACUCAUGGAUCCCUGACAAUUCAAAACAAUUGAAUGUUCUCUCUUAUCAAAGGAAAAGUUCUAAUCCUUGUGUACGACCAUUCCAGUUUCAAGUCAGCAAGUUACCCUCAUUUUCUAGUCCCAAAUUCCCCUGGCCUAAAAAGUAUACGUGGAUCAGUUCUUCCACGCUUUCAAUUCAGCCCUCUGAUGGUGGUAUGGAUGUUUUGCUAUCCAUGAAUAUUGUUUCUUCCAUAAAACCAGGAAAGGAACUCAUUCGCAUUGUUCAGCCUAAAUAUUCCUCAUUAAGUUGGGGCAUGGUAAACGGCCAUCCAAAAACAGAACAUCGAAUGGUUCUUUUUGAAAGUGGUGAAGUCGUAGUGUUCCAAGGAAAUUAUCCAACUUCUUCCAUCGACAUUUGCUGGAGUAUUAAAUCUGUGUAUGAAAAGUGCUCAAACUUCACAUCUAUUAAACUCUCAAUUCCUGCUCCCAAUGUACCCUCUCUUGUCCCAACUAUUGUUCACAUUCAAUCCACCUCUUAUUCUCUGGCUGGUUACAUUGAUCCUAAUAGCAAACGAACAAUACUCAAACAGCCUGUUUCUGUCACUCAAUUGGCAUGGAAUAAUCAAACCAUUUCCGAUUUAAUUCUUUACUAUGAACUUGAAGACCAAAGUCAUGAUGAAACAAAUGUACUAAUUAAUAAUUAUGAAAAUGUUGUCAUUCCGGCGCCUAGCACUUGGCAGAAUUUCUGUUCCUAUUCACAAUUUUUACUAUUGAUUCUAAGCUGUCUCGGAAUUCUAUUACUAUUAGUUUAUCAAAUGACCUUACCACUUGAACCUGCAAUUGAUCAAGCCUCGUUUUUAACUACACCUUUACCAAAGAACUUUGAGAAACAUGAUGAUUUGAAAAGUCUGCAAAUUAAACUCUUACAAGUUCAAGCAGUCAAUCAGAAACUGCAGGAGCAGUAUCGAACAGUGACAAAGGAAGUACACAAAACUGUAUCUGUUACUAGUUGCACAAACACUGAAUAUAUUACCUCGCCGACGAGAUUGUCCAGUUUAGAGCUAGAAAAGCAGCAGUUUCAAAAUGCGUUUGGAUUUUUGCGUUUCAACAAAAAACACGAUGCAACGAGUUGAAAAAUUUUAACUGGAUAUAAUAACUUUUAUUAAUUUAUAAUGUAUAAUAGUAAUAGUAUACGCAAUUAAUUUAAUUAACUUCAUUCCUUGGUCAUAUACCCUA